GUUUUUUUCAAUCAAGUUUUUCCUAUCUAGAAAACAUGGAAAUUAAGGCAGAGAAAUGCAGGGUGGUAAUGUUGGUGUACCCUCUACAAGGGCACAUAAACCCCAUGUUACAACUAGCAAACAUCCUGUAUUCUAAGGGCAUAUCCAUUAUAAUUGCCUACCCUUCAGAUUUCAACCCUCUUAACCCCUCCAACCAUCCUGAAUUUACCUAUUUACCCCUCAAGGCCGCUGACGUCUGCGGUUUAGAGAUAACAAAUGUAGUAGAUGGAGUUGGGGGUAUUAUUGGGUUUACAGCCGUUCUUAAUAAGAUAUACAAAGAGCCAUUUGAGAAGAGUGUACAAGAAUUGAUGGAAAAUGAUAAUGAAAAUGAAGGGAAGAGAGGGAAAAUAAGGUGUAUAAUAUAUGAUGUUUUUAUGUAUUUUGCUCAAAGCGUGGCUGACCAAUUCAAGAUUCCAGGGAUUAGUUUGAGGACAAGUUGUGCUGCUACUAUCUUGGGUAUUACAGCUACACAUAACCCUGGUUGUAAUUUGCCGGUUCAUGUGCCAAUUGAAUGUUUGCUUCAAGUUCCUGAGUUACAAGCAUUAGAAUUGGAUAAUAUUGCCAAGCACUUGAAGAAAACAAUUCCAAAAUUAAGUUAUGAGAUAAAAGCAGAAAUAACUACAGCAUUCAACAAAUCAACAGCAAUUAUCGUCAACACUGUGGGCUUUUUAGAGUGGGCUGCGAUAAACAAGGCCCAAGAAUAUUUCAAGGCCUCUAUCUACCCGAUUGGUCCAUUUCAUAAGUAUGCUGAAAAUCCAACCAACUCUAAUUCUGUAUUGAAGGAAGACACAGGUUGCAUAGCAUGGUUAAACCAACACCCACCAAGAUCAGUCCUCUAUGUGAGCUUUGGUAGCCUAGCAAGCAUGAGUGAGAAGGACCUGCUCGAGACGGCAUUGGGCCUGGCUCAAAGUAACCAACCCUUUUUAUGGGUGGUUAGGCCUAGGAUGAUCCUAGGAGGGAGAGAUUGGGCCGAGAUAUUACCAUCUGAUGUCAUUGAGAAAAUCAACGAAAUGGGCCUUGUAGUUGGUUGGGCCCCACAGAGGCAAGUGUUGGGCCAUUCUUCUAUAGGAGGGUUUUGGACGCAUUGUGGGUGGAAUUCGACUAUAGAAGGUAUUUGCGAAGGGCUGCCAAUGAUUUGUAGGCCCUUUUUUGGGGACCAGUUUUGGAAUGUUAAAUACAUUAGCAAAGUGUGGAAGAUAGGUAUGGAAUUAGAGGGUGAAAUUGAAAGGGAAAAUGUUGAGAGAAUUGUUAGGGAAGUAAUGGUGGGUGAAGAAGGGGGGGAGAUGAGGAAAAGAGCAUUAGAGUUGAAGGAUGAAGUUGAGUUGUGUUACAAAGAAGGAGGUACUACUUACACGUACAUUAAUCAAUUAGUAGACUUGAUCACUUCUUUUUAGAUAUUUCCGGUUAUUUAAAAUAUGUACCAUGUUAACAUUUAAAACUAUACGAGUAUUAAUUUGUGAUAUUUACAACAAAAUGUUACUCCCUCCGUAUUUUUUAAGGGAUACACUUGGCCGGGCACGGGUAUUAAGAAGAAUAAUUGAAUGAAAUAAAAUAAUAAAGCAAGUGGGGUUGGAUAGAUAUUUUAAUAAUUAAAUAUGUGGGGACCAUGUCAUUUUGGUGGGUGGAUGGUUGGGUGAGUUUAUGAAAAUGUUUGUUUAAUAGGAUGGUGGAUGAUAGGGUAUAUUAGAUGUAUUAUUUAAUUAGAUGGUGGGGUUGAUAAGUUACUAAAAAUGGCAAGUGUAUCUCUUAAAUAAAUACGGCCGGAAAAGGCAAGUGUAUCUCUUAAAAAAAUACGGAGGGAGUACAAAAAAAUUAAUACGAAGAGGUUAAUUUGGAUAUUUUAAAAGAAAGACAGUGAAAAUAGUCAAUAGCUAAAUACAGGAAACUGAUUUUGGAACACCAAAAAUUGAUUUGACACACUAACUUAUGAGUAGAUUCUGGAUAAAUGUGUCUCACAGUAGUGUGCCAAAAUCAAAUUUUAAUUUGCCGAAAU